AUGCUCACUCCUAUCCUACUAUCUUCAAUUCUAGGUGCUUUCAGUAAACGAACGCCCCUUGAGGUGCAGAACUUAUUCGAAGCGUGCAAGAAUGAAUACGAUCAUGACUUUGGCGAAGAGGAUGUCAAGAGACUUGCCAUCUUUCACGACAACCUCAAGUUCAUAGAUGAAGUAAAUUCGAGGAACCUUUCAUACAAGCUGGGCAUCACUCCUUUCACUCAUCUUACAAACGAUGAAUUCAGAGAGUUCGUCACAAGAGGAUACUCCCUUGGUGACUGGCAGCAAACGAUGUUGCGAGGAAUCCACUCCGAGGCCCAAACAUUCGGAUUUGAGGGCUCGGUCGAUGAUGAUCUGCCGAUGAGGGUCGACUAUGUCGAAAAAGGUUGGGUUACUGAUGUGAAGUCCCAAGGAACUGUAUGCGGCAGCUGCUGGGCUUUUGGCGUUGCUGGUGCAUUGGAAGGCCUCCACAAGAAUGUUACUGGUCAGCUUGUCUCUCUCUCGGAGCAAGAACUUAUCGACUGCAGUACAGCCUACGGCAAUCAGUAUUGCAUUUCCUAG